AUGGCUGUUCCUCCACCAGGAUACGACACAGUGCUUCUUCGCGAACACCUAUAUCAAGAUCUCAAGAACAGGUAUCUUGUGAUCCCUCCGGAAGCCCAUGAGGCCGGCUUCAGGCCGGUCCAUGAAAUUGGGCUGGGACUAUUUAAUUACUACCUUGUCGACCAGCACAGCAUCCAUGGCACUGGCAUUCAUGGAAUUAUGGAGGUUGUGCUGGAUAUUCUCUUGCUAACGCUGGUCGGAGCCUGUCUAUUUGGCAUAUAUAAGGUGGUCUCCUCCUGGAAAAAGAGGGCUCUGAAGCCCGUGCUGCUCAAAAAACAACACACCGAGGACCUCGAGAAGGGUGUUUCCAGCGAUGUCAAACUCUCGUACGCGCCUGAUCUGCCAUCUCUCGUGCACAGUCCCGCCACACCAGUCUGCUCGGAAUCGACUCCGUCGAGCGUGCACACCACUCCGAUCACAAACCUCAUGGAAUUCGAUGUUCCGUACAAACACGACUACAACCCCGAGCUCCACCACAGCCUACUCAUGAGCAGUCUCAAGAUCCAGUAA